AUGUAUUUUUCUUUAAAUCUCGACGAAAACUUGUUAAUUAUGAUUAUAGUAAUCGCUUAUACUCUUCAGUUUUUGUACCAUUUGAUCAAAAUUUCUCUAAAUAUAUUUGGUGUUUACAUAUUUUAUACACCGAUUGAUUUGAAAAGAACAGCAGGAGCAUCAUGGGCAGUUGUAACUGGAGCCACUGAUGGAAUCGGAAGAUCAUACGCGUUGGAUCUGGCUAGACGAGGUUUCAAUAUAUUCCUAAUAUCUCGAACCAAAUCGAAACUUGUGAAAACAAAGAAACAGAUUUUGAAUAAAUAUUCUGAUAUCGAAGUUCGUUACGCCAUCUGUGAUUUUACAAGGGUAUCUUACGAAGAUUACAAGAGGUUAUUACAUAGUCUCAACGAAGUUGACAUUGGAAUUUUGAUAAACAAUGUGGGAAUGUGUUUUGACAAUCCAGAAGUUUUACACAGAGUGGAAGGUGGAAUUGAUACUCUCACUAAUGUUAUCAAUGUUAAUAUUUUGCCGGUAACUUUAUUGACAGCUGGAAUUCUUCCGCAAAUGAUGGCUAGAAAAUCUGGAAUAAUUGUCAAUAUAGGGUCUGCUGCUGGAUCAAUUCAUAUGGCUAAAUGGUCGGUUUAUUCAGCAACCAAAAAAUACAUUGAGUGGUUCACUUCAAUUCUUCAAAAAGAAUAUGAAAAUGAAGGAAUUAUAUGCCAGACUAUAACACCGUUACUUGUUUCAACAAACAUGAUAAAAAACCCACUUUCAUCAAUUUUCUGCCCGAAUAGUGAUUCAUUUGCAAAGUCAUCACUGAAUACAAUUGGCAAUUCAUCUAGCACAACAGGAUAUAUCACUCAUCAGAUUCAAUUUGAACUCAUUAAAUUUGUACCGGAAAUUAUUAUAGAUUUAUUUGUCAAGAACUUGAAUAAUCAACUGCUAGAUUAUCAACUUGAUAAGAAACGCGUUUGA